UUAUCCACAUCCAUAUGGUAAACCUGAACAAUAACAUAACAUGAACAACCAGAAAAAAUAAUUUUGCAAAAAUUAUAAAUUAUCGUUAUAACGUCGUUUCUGCCUUGUGGUCACAACAAUUUUUGCUGGUUAUGUUUUUAAUCCUCUGCAAUUUACACAAACAGUGAAAUCAUGAGUUUAUCUCUGAGGAUUUUGCGCUAUUUUCCGUGCAGGCGAUUUUUCCAGCGGCGCAACAACUCCUUCCUGCGAAACUUUGGUGUUUCAGCAAGUCUUCAACACAAAGCCAACAUCAAGGACGGACCCGGUUUAGAACACUUUCUUGCAAACAGUGUGAUCCACAAGGAUCUUGAACCUCCUCCUGAAGCUGAGGUCAUCAUUCCGUACCUUGACCAAAUCAGCGGAGAUGGGCAGAAAGUGUUUUUUGACGUCUAUGGCUGUCAAAUGAAUGUCAACGACACUGAAGUGGUGUGGUCUAUUCUGAAGAACAAGGGCUAUGAGAAAACGGAGGACAUACGAUUCGCUGACAUCAUCCUUGUCGUCACUUGCGCUAUCCGCGAAGGAGCAGAAACCAAAGUCUGGAACCAGCUCAGAAACUACCGUGGUAUCAAAAACGCUCGGGCCAAACUGAAAGACAGGUUGCCCCUAAAAAUAGGAGUUUUAGGAUGUAUGGCAGAAAGGCUGAAAGAAAAAUUGGUCGAGAAGGAAAAGUCAGUUGACAUUGUUGCUGGUCCUGACAGCUACCGCGAUCUACCUCGUCUGCUGGCCAUCAGCCGAGAUAACCAGACGGCUGUCAAUGUGAUGCUGUCUCAUGAUGAGACAUACGCAGAUGUUAUGCCUAUCAGACUCAACGAGAGUUCAAGAUCUGCUUUUGUAUCUAUAAUGAGAGGCUGUGAUAACAUGUGUUCAUACUGCAUUGUGCCAUUUACCAGAGGAAGAGAAAGAUCUAGGCCAAUAGCUUCUAUCGUAGAAGAAAUUAAGGUUUUAUCUGAACAGGGUAUCAAGGAGGUUACUUUGUUGGGCCAGAAUGUAAACAGCUACCGUGAUUUGUCGGAACAGCAACAUUUUUUCUCAGCUGAAACUAACAUGGCGAAAGGUUUCAAAACUGUUUACAAAAUAAAGAAAGGUGGACUGCGAUUUGCAGAUUUGCUCGAUAAGGUCUCGCUCGUGGACCCUGAAAUGAGAAUUCGAUUUACCUCGCCCCAUCCGAAAGACUUUCCGGAUGAGGUUUUACAUUUGAUAAAUGAGAGGGACAACAUUUGCAAGAAUAUUCACUUACCUGCCCAGAGUGGCAACAGCGAAGUUCUGCAGAGAAUGCGUCGUGGUUACACUAGGGAGGCAUAUCUAGAGCUUGUGGAUCACGCUAGAGAGAUCAUCCCAAAUUUGUCUCUGUCCUCUGACUUCAUCUGUGGUUUCUGUGGCGAGACUGAUGCCGAGUUCGACGAGACCAUCACUCUCAUGGAGGGAGUUAUGUACAACUGGAUGUACAUCUUUCCUUACAGCCUCAGAGAAAAAACACAUGCCCAUCGCAGAAUGGAGGAUAAUGUCCCUCUCGAGGUGAAAAAGAGCAGAUUUGAGAGAAUGUCAGUAACUAUGCGGCAGACGACAGAGAGACUCAACAAAUCUCAAAUUGGCAGAAAGCAACUUAUUUUGGUUGAAGGAACAAGUCGGAAAUCAAAACUGGAUUAUGCUGGAAGAAACGAAGCUAAUCUAAAAGUUAUCUUCCCUGCAGAGCCCAUUCCUGAAAGUGUAGCCUCUGUUUCUUGUAGGGAGAUUAAGGCUGGAGAUUAUGUUGUUGUUGAGGUUAGAAGUGCAAAUUCACAAUCGCUGCAAGGAAAAGCUCUUUAUCACAGUUCCGUGCGUGAGUACGGCAGCUCAGCAGUUGGACCUGACACAAGAGAGUUGAGAGCCAAAGAAACCCAGUCGGCAGUUGUAAUAUAAAAAUAAAACAACCAGAACAGGCAAAUGUGCUUGGCUAUACAAGGCUCGCGGUGGAUCUUCUCACAAUAGGUUUUUGUAACUGCGGCAUUAUUUGGGGAUCUUGUCUGUUCAUGACUGGCACUCCUGGCACGUGGCCGCCGAUU